AACUGAGCUACUCGGGCACCUGUAUUAUUUGCAUUUUAAUGUUAGUUAAAUAUUACUUUUACAACUCAAGGAGAUUCUAUUCAGACCAUUCUAGGGGGAAGGAUGUCAUCAAAGAGGACACAGAGUAUCUAGCUUUCAUUACACAGGUAUUGGCUGGGCUCUUUCUCCUCCAGGCCUUACCAAAGGUGCUUCCUCUGUCUGGAAUCACUGCCCUGAGUAUAUGAUAUUAUGUAUACACUUGUACAAUAAAAUUUUCCACUGGUGCUUAGUAAAAGCUCAGGUAUCAUUAUAACAUCUGUCUCAUUAUAUGGAAUUACUCAUUUACUUAACCCUGUCAGUGGGUUGUAAGGUUCCAGAUGACAGGGACUGUUUUACUGUCCAUGAGGGCCUAGUACCUAUAGCCUGGCACAGAGUAAGUGCUUAACAAAAAUAUGCUCAGCGAUACCUCCCUAAUCCUUCUGUCACGUCUUUUCUUCCCACCUAAUAUGUCUUCUUUCUUCAGGGCCAAGGAAAAUCAUAUCCUUUCCCUUCAGCUACAUCAAGCCACAUGGACUUUUCCUUUCCCCACCCCAACAAGACACUACCGUUCAAUUGCCUAGCAUUUCCAACCUUCCUGAGUGUUUCCAUAUUUACUUUCUUAUUCCUCAUGACAACCCCAGGACUGAGGAAACAGGCAAGAGGUGGGGAGGGGGCACAGAAUUGCUUACUGAGGGCCAACUAAGUGCAAGGCCAUUUACCCACAUCAUCUCUUUUAAACUUCUAACAAUCCUUUUGGAAGUGGACAUUUUUAUCUCCAUUUCACAAAUGUGAAAAUUAAACCUCAGUAAAAUUAUAUAACAUGCUGAGGAACACACAGUUAUUAAACGGUAGAGUGGGUUUUGAACCUGGUGUCUCUGACUUUAAAGCCCCUGCUAUUUCCGUGACAUCAAGUGAACAGAUUUGUCUAUUAACUAUAUUACCCAAGCUAGACAGAGUAGGAGGUAACAUGUCCUGAUUUCCAGCCCACUGCAUCUUCCACAGAUCACUUUGCAUGUUAUAUAAAGUCUGUAGCACACAAUUUAACAAAUACAUGAUAUCUUACCUUGUUGCCCAAUUGUUUUUAUUUAUAUUAGAUUCCACAGAUUGGUACUAUCUCCUUUUCCCCUGGCAGGAAUUGUGUCAUAAAUAGUAACCUCCUUGAGCCUUAGUUUCCUCUUCUUUCAAAUAUCUAUCUCACAGGACUGGUGUGAAGAUUAAGUUAUCACUUGUGAAGGCAUCUCACACAGCCCACAAUCUCUCCAGAAAUAUUUCUUGAAUCUCAACUUCUUUUUCAUCUCCUUCAACAAGUCACACAGGCCUGAGUACCUGGGUACACUUGUAUCAGGUCUUGUUAUUUAUAUAACAGCAUUCGAUGAGGAGUAGUUCAGUGGGCACUUGUUGGAUUUUCUCCCUUACUAGCCCCCAAAGGUUUGCAUCAAACCAGUCCAAGAUAUGAGGAAAAGUGAAAUGCUCCCAAACUGGGUUUAGCAAUCUACAGUGUGUUAGCAUAGAUUACACUCAUACUAGAACCCCGUCAGUUAGUAUAGCUAAGCCUAUUUUACAGAUGAGAAAAUAGUCUUAGGUAAAUUGCUAGAAAACUGCAGAUCUGCCAAGACUCCUCAACACAGGCCUUAAGAUACAUUGGGCCUGGGCUCCUUCCACUCCACCAAGCCACCUUCCAAAGGUCAACUAAGUGCAAGGCUGGGGUGGGGGUAGAAACCAGACCACCACGUACUUUGGUAUUUCUUGCUCCUCCUUCCCCUUUAGCUCCCGAGGAUGUUUCAUUGCAAUUCACAGUACUUUUGCUUUGAGGAUGUGCGGUCCCUUUAACGCCUUGAGUGACGUACGAGUAGCCCCGCCCAUCUCCCCUCCCCACAGCUCUGUUCCAAGCCCCACCCACUGCUUUUGCCCUGCGCCAAUUAACGCACUUCUGCGGGUGGGGAAGCUGGCCCCUCCUUACCUGGCAACUGGUCCACUUGCUCCCUGGCAGAUUUUCCGUUCAGUUCGUCGUGCUCCCCUCACGGCCCUCUAAGCAGUUGCCCCGCGGAAGUAGCCAAGUGUUCCGCCCCCUGGUUGCCAUAACAGCAGUACGCGACGCCUCCUUGCGCCUUUCUCGUCUUUCAAAGCAGUCCUUCCUGGUCGGGGCCAAGACCCUCUCCGGAACCUCAUCUUUAGUCGAGCAGAACCAGGGAGGAGCACUGAGCUUGAUUUGACUCCGGAGCCUUCAGCCAGGAAGAAAGAUGUCAGAUGAAGACGAUCUGGAAGACUUCGAUGCAGACCAGGAUGAUCUGGAAAAGGAAGAGGAUGAGAGGGAGACAGAGGAGUGGGAGGACUACAGGAAGGAGGGAGAAGACCUCUCUGAGGAAUGGUUGCCCACCCCCCUCACGGAAGACAUGAUGAAGGAAGGGCUUUCUUUGCUCUGCAAGACGGGCAGUGGACUGGCUCAUGCUUAUGUCAAGCUGGAGGUUAAAGAGAGGGAUCUGACAGAUAUCUACUUGUUGCGUUCCUACAUCCAUCUGCGCUAUGUGGAUGUUUCUGAGAACCACCUGACAGAUUUGUCCCCGCUCAAUUUCCUUACACACCUGCUCUGGCUCAAGGCUGAUGGCAACCAUCUGUGGAGUGCCCAGCUGAAUGAACUGCCCUACCUGCAGGUUGCCAGUUUUGCCUAUAACCAGAUCACUAACACAGAGGGCAUCUCUCACCCUCGUCUGGGCAGCCUGGAUCUCAAAGGUAACCGCAUCCGCAUGGUGACAGGUCUGGACCCCCAAAAGCUGAUCAGCCUGCACACCUUGGAGCUUCGGGGGAACCAGAUAGAAACCACCCUGGGAAUCAACCUUCCUAAACUGAAGAACCUCUUCUUGGCUCAGAACAUGCUGAAGAAGGUGGAGGGCUUGGAGAACCUAAGCAAUCUCACUACCUUGCAUCUUCGAGACAACCAGAUUGAGACUCUGAGUGGCUUCUCCAAGGAAAUGACAUCGUUACAGUAUCUCAACCUGAGGGGCAACAUGGUGACCCACCUGGGAGAGCUGGCCAAGCUUCGGGACCUGCCCAAGCUGCGAGCCUUGGUGCUGUUGGACAACCCGUGUACAGAUGAGAGUGACUAUCGCCAGGAGGCCCUGGUGCAGAUAGCACACCUCGAACGCCUGGAUAAAGAUUUCUACGAGGAGGAGGAGCGGGCUGAGGCUGAUGAGAUCCGUCAGAGGAUGAAGGAGACCCAGGAGCAGGAGGCUGAGCCUGAGCACAGCUUCGAACUGGAGCAGUCUUCCAUGUAGCAGCAGCUCUUUUAACCUCCAAGAAUAGAGAUCAAAGACACUGGCCCUAAGACCGGAGAAGACUCCCAGUUAGGGGGGCUGCCACGUUCACCCCCCUCAUCCUGAGACAGAGCAUGCCCUCUCUUGCCUCACACCUGGGCAUUCAUCACAGCUUGCUGUCCAGGCUCUGGGUGGGCACCUGGGCAGCGUCCGGGUGGGCCUGAGCCCUGCCUGGAACGUGUGUGUGUGAGUGUGUGUGUGUUUGGGUGUGGCAGCCCUCGGGCAGGUAUGGGGAAAUCAGGCCUGGAUGGCCCCAGGGGAUGCUCCUAGAGUUGGCUGCAGAGGAGCUGCGGAGGCGGCUGGGUGUGUUACAACAGUUCGGUUUUCAAAUAAAGAGACAUUUUGAUA